GUGUUGAAACGACCCGACGUGACGAGGCGGGUGGGUUAAUGUGGCGCCACCAAUGACUCGGAGUUGGACUGAUUUUCCGCAUCGAGUCGUGUAUUCAUGGCCAUUGGUAGUCGUCCGCGAGCCGUGAGGCGCGACGAAAUUAGGUGGGACGUGAGAGUUUGUGUGCUUGUGUGUCUCGUGGGCCGCUAGGCCAAAAAUGGCGGAACGGACGAAGGUGACAGCCCCGGCUACCCGGCCCGUUCCCAUGAGAUUGUUCGCCACAUGGGAAGUCGAUCGCACUCCCCCGAAUUGCAUACCCAGACUAUGUUCCUUGACGUUGACUCGUUUAGUAAUUCUUCGGCCGCUCGGCUCGGAUUUGGCGUCCAUCAGCAUCGCGGUUAAGAUGCAAAGCUCCAAGAGAACUCUGCGGUCCAACGAAAUGGCCAUACCGAGUGGCGGUAUGCUCGACACAGAACUAGAGUUGCAGUUUGCCCUUCAGUACCCACAUUUUCUCAAGAGGGAUGGCAAUAAGCUCUUGGUAUUGCUGCAAAGGCGGAAACGGUACAAGAAUCGAACAAUGCUCGGAUACAAGACUCUUGCGGAAGGAAUUAUUAAUAUGGCACAGGUGCUACAGCGGCAGAUGGAUCUUGAAUUGGAACUAAUAUCAGACAAAGCCGAGAAAUACGGUGGCCAUUCGGUCGCAUUGGCGCGCGUGAGCGUUGUCGCGCUAACUUCCCAGCCAGUCGACCAUGAUAAAAGACUGACGAACGACCCCAAUGAGAGGCUCUGUCCGGAAUUUAGCGACGAGGAAGAAGAGUUUAGCUCGGAGGGCGAGGCGGAGGGCAGUGACAGCGAGCCUACGUUAGAGGUGCACAGGCGGAAAAAUCGCGGGAAAAUUCCAACGAACGCCAGGCAAAGAAACUUAAAGCAAAAGUUUAUAGCUUUGUUAAAGCGGUUUAGGGUGUCGGAGGAGUUAGAACACGAUCAAGAAGAAAUUGGACAGAAACUGUCGGGCGGCGAUAUGGAGAUAGAGGAAUUGUUCGACGAAUUGGAAGAUUUGUCGGAUAGCGGGCCAGAAUUGGACACUAUGUCUGUUAGUAGUACACCGAAGCCAUCCCUGAGGCCCUUUUUCAGCUCUAGUCGAUCUCUACUGGCACCGCCUCAUUCUGUAGUAACCAGCGAGGACACUGCAACUGUCUCAGCGACUACCACGUAUCAGCAGCUCGCGGGUCAACCGGCUAGAGAGAAACACCGUAUCGGACACACCACGCCAGAGCGUGGAGUGGACAGACAAAGCGACGACAGUUCUCGGAGAGCCGACAGCGAUUCUCAUCCUGAAAAUUGGACGGAUCAUGAGGCGAACGAUCCACCGAAUUACGUGGCAGGUUCACCACCAAAGUCGGAGCAGCCCAACAAGAGCGAGAGCUCCGAGAGAAGAAGCAGACUCUUUGCGCGCGACAGAGGAAUGCCCGGCAGUAACAAAUCUAAGAAGCACAGUCUGAGCGUCGAUUUGAAACCGUCGGCCGACUUGAACAACACGGAGCCGAGGAAAGCUCUGAUGGAACAGCUCGGUCGGGUAUUACCGGACGACAGUUUACCGGAGGCCGUGUCGCUCGUGUCGAUAGCGGAUCCUGGCGGUGCGGUUCUCGCCGCGAGACUUCAAGAGAGAAAUCACAGAGUGCUGACGACGGCUUCCCCGGCUGACAUCCGUGCAACGUUGACUUGCUUGGUCACACGCAUACAAAAAUUCUGCAAUAGUUCGGCGAAGCCACCGGCACCUGUGAAAGUUGUAAUCGCUGGAGGAGACAGUUUCAUCAACGCGGUUCUCCGUCAUUAUGUCGAUCUGCUGAGCUUCAGGCCGCCAGAUUGGCAGAAUUACAUGAAGUUCUUGGUAGUGCCGCUCGGCUCAAACACCUUAACGAGAUACCUUGGUUCUGUCGAUAUCAAAUACUCGAUGCUCUUCGGGGACGAAUGGAAGGAGCUUCUAGAGAGAGAAGGAGGAGGAUCGAGCGAAGGCGCUGCACGGAUAUCAGAAUACAUAGCCACAGCAAACGCGGUUCUACCACUACCCAUAGCGGAAGCUAUGGUUACAUAUAGGGAGACAGAUGACAGCAGUCAAAUCUUCAUCCCUUUUAUAAACGAUGUUCGUGUGGGUUGCCCAGACAGCAGUUCUUCCGCAUCUGUCGAUUUGGAAGAAAGUAACGUUAGUAUGUCUGGCUCUCCGCCCUCGUUGCCUCCUCCGAGUUUGCCCGUUCCACCACCUGGAAAGUUAACACCGCCUAGUAGUCCUAAUGUGGGACAACCGGCGAGAGAAGGGUGGGAGCCGGUGGAACUUCAGCUGGAUUAUUGGAGUAAACAAACUCAAGGUGAAAAAGGGAAAAGCACAUUACGUCAAGCUUUCCGAGCGUUGCACGUGCAAAGACUAUCUCCGUUAGGCGAAGCCCCAGGACAUCACUUGUCUAUGAAUUAUAUGACGAAAGAAAAGAAGCAAAAAAUAAUGCGACUGGGCAAAAAGAAAGAAAAGGAAAAAGAGAACGAGCCAAAGAGUCAAACAGUGGAUGGCGUGACACGUCUUAUAUGUUCGGCGAAAACUCACAACAUUCCACUAAGAGUGAGCAUUGAUGGUACCGAGUGGUAUGGCGUAAAAUUCUUUCAACUAUCAGCGCAAUGGCAAACGCACAUCAAGACAUUUCCAAUUGCCUUACUGGAAUAUAAUCCACAACAACAAACUUUGACUAGUACGUAAAUUUAAGUUCUCGUCAUUACAAUGAGAUGGCUUUUGGCGACUUACUUGCGUAUUCUAUAUCAUUACUGAUAAUACAUUCGCAACUCGUUUUAUACACAAAUCCGAUAACCAUCAACUUUUGAAGACUGCUCGGUAAAAUCUACAAAUUAGCAAAUUUUAUGGGAACGCCAGUGUUUGAGAUGCAUAUAAUAUUUAUUAUAUUCGUUAUAUUAAUAAUUAUUCGACGGUAGCAACGGAAAGGAUUUUACAGUUAAAGUAUUUCUCUAUGUGUCGUCAUGCAAAAUGUAUCUGCGCAUAAUAAGCAUAUGUCGUACAUUCCGCAAGCGGUUUAUACGAUGCACGUGCGAUAACACAUAGUUUUGAAAUUACUAAAUUGUAGAUUAUUAAGUUAUAAAGCAAUUUUUGCAUGUAUAGAUGUGUACGUUACUUUUUUUUUUCUUUUUGAAUCUUUCGACAAAAAUUUAUGAUUACUACAUCGCAUAGGCAUGAAAUUAUGUUCGCUUAACAUAUCACAAGUAGUUAUAUCGAAUGUCCAUUGAUGAGUAUUGUAUAAUGUUAGUUAUAGGAAUAUUGUUGACGAAAUAUUCCAUUUAUUGUUUUUGGUUCCUCAAACUUGCAACUUCGGAAAAAAAAUGUUGUCUCCAAUAGUAUCUGAGCAAUCGGCUUGUAACAUCUU